UGAGGUUCGUAAAGUGAUGCUUCAACCUUGGCAUCAACCUUGGCUCGAGAUCUUGCUUGGAGAAUGCUCUGUCCCAAGAGGGAGCGACGGAGUCGCUCCAGUCGCGUUUACGCUGGGACGUUUACGGAACUGGUUCUCAGGCCAUCUCCGGGAAGCAGACAGCGACGACCUAAAUGGAACGCUGCAAUCGAACGAGAUGAAAGAGAAGGAGAGAGCGAAUACGCCGAGUAGAAAUGUCUCUCUCGCGGAAGACGAACGUGUAAGCAUCUUCGCAUCGCUAAUGCUGAGAUCUAGACCAGUUAGGUUCGUCGCACCCGGCUCUUUCAUUCGUGCCUUGGCGCGAAGAAAUAUUAGCAACGAAGGGCUUCCAAAUAGCGACAACCCCUUCUAGGAUAAAUAGCCCGUGCGAAAAGAGAUUAAUGGAGCGACAUGAAAAAAAUUCUUUCCAAUUCUUUCGUGUAUAUCUGCCGACGUUAUUAAAACGAGCUCGACAAAACGCUCGCAAAUAAUAUCGCCCUUUCCGUUUACAGAGGGUUAC